AUAUUAAAUAAUAUUAUAUAUUAUUUACAUCAGGUAACGUUAGUGAAGUGUUGGUCACCUAAGCUAUCGCUGCAAUUAAACUAUUAUCUUCCAAUAAACAUUUAGUAAACCUAGCGACAUAACAUUUAACUACAGACUAGAUUCACGAAAGGUCGGCUAAUAUGUAAGAGUAAAAAAAAAAAAAAAAUACAGUAAUUUCUAGGGGUGGGAAUCUUUGGUCACCUCACGAUCCGAUUCCAAUUCUGGAAGUCACGGUCAGAUUCCAGAACGAUUCUUUAUAUACCACCCCAUUAAUUCAUUAGUUUAUAUAAUUAAGUAGGCCUACUUUUUUUAUAAUUACACAUUUUAUACAAAAUAAUUAGAACAGUUGUAUGUUAAGAAUUUAAACUAAUUUAACUUCAAAACAUACAAGCAAGUAGCAAAUAAUAAAGAGGAGCAUAGAAACUAUAACAAGCAACAAACAAAAAGUGCUUUCACGAGCCUAUAGAUUAUCUGAACGUUUUCUAUUCAAGAACUGUGAGGGAAUUUUCUUCAUCUUUAGCCUGUUAUUUUUUUACUUUGACAACAUAGACUGCGGGAGAUCUAUUAAGCUGCACGCAUGCAUCUCUUUUGAAAUAUAAGAAGUAAUGGGGUUUGUCCUGUCUGGCUGUGUUUCCGUUAAUUUUGCACAAGUACAUUAAACCACGGAGACACACAGCUACAUGCGCGAGCAAUCUACACAAACAAAGCGUGCGUGAGGAUUUGAAAUUGAAAGCAGUCUUCCGUUAGUGAGGUUGAUAUUUUAAAUAUAUAAGUCCACUGCAUUCCAAACCACAUAAAUGAUGACUCCGUAGAGCAUUCGUAAGGAAAAUACCGACGGGCGAGACAGCACACUUCAAGUGUAACAUCAAACAAAGUGCGCGUCUCUCAAAGCGCGUGCAAUGAAGUCUGUGAAUGUCCUCGUAAUUCGCUUCAAUCUUUCCAAACUUUAUGAAAGAUUAUUUUACGUAAGGUUCGAGUGGUGUAUGUAGGCCUACAGUAGCCUAUGUGAGGAAUUGGAAGCAAGCAGAAUACGGGGUGUUUCUAAAGCAAACUUAGCAUCAUCGCACAUCUGGUUAAAAACUAGGCUCAGAAUCGAUUCUGAAAUUCUCAGAAUCGAUCCAGAAUCGGAACUAUUGGCGGCUCCACGACACGCGUUACUUCCUCAUUCCUAAGUUCCUGUGUCGGUCUAUGGGAGUGUUGUAACUCUCUUUCUCCAUGGCUCUGGUGUAGCCCACUGUACUGUACUGCUACUAGAAGAACUGUUGGUGAAAUCAGCCACAUUAAUACCAGCUUUAACAAACUAUAUGAUUUGCAAUUGCACUCUAUAGUUUGUCAUUUCCGAACCCCUGUAUUCAUAACUAAAAACUAAAAUGCUUUUUAUUUCUUUUUUUUCUCCUUUUUUUAGAGAAAUAAUGGAGUAUUCAGAGAGAACUAAAAGGAGGAAAAUAUCAGCAAAAGUGGAGGAACAUUUACGUCUCCUUGAAAAUGAGUCUAUGAUUGAUGAUUUGGUGGCACAUGAAUCUGAAUGCCCACUGGAUGAUUUGUUAGAGCAUACUGAAAGUGAAGAUUCUACAGACACUUUCUACGAUGCUUGUGAUCAGAACUGUUUUGAGUCAAGCGAUUUAGAGGAAGAUUUUUUCUCAGAUUCUUUUUAUGAUUUUAACCUUUCCUCAUUCGAUGAUUUGGAUUCUGAAAACUGGAUGCCAGGUGAUAUGCCUGGUUGUGAUAGUGACAGUGAUUUGCAUGGAGAUGAAUGUUCUGACAUAGAAGAAGACAAUAAUAAUGAUUCGCUUGGGCUUGCAGAGUGGGCUGCAGAAUUUAACAUUCCACAAACAGCGCUGUCUGCACUUCUUAAAAUCCUACGGAGGAAGGGCCUUGAUAUCCCAAUGGAUGGCAGAACUCUUAUGUCAACUGACAGAUCUUGCAGUGUUGCAAAUAUGUCUGGGGGGUCCUACUACCACUUUGGAGUCGAAAAUUCUCUCAAAGCUGAACUAACAUCUUUAGGACAUUUAGCAAAUGUGACUGAUACUCUCACACUCCGAAUUAAUAUCGAUGGAUUGCCCUUAUUCCGUAGCUCCAGUAUGAGUCUGUGGCCGAUUCUGGGUAUGAUUAAGGAAAUUCCCGAGUGUAGUGUCUUCGUAAUUGGAGUGUAUUCGGGUGCAUCUAAACCCGCAAAUGUGCAAGAGUAUUUACAAGAAUUCAUUGUAGAUAUGAAAGCUGUUUCUCAGAGUGGAAUUGUGUACAAUGGUGUACAUUUCAGGGUACCAUUACCCGAUGCUUUUAUUUGUGAUGCACCUGCUCGUGCUUUUCUUAAAUGUUCCAAAGGCCAUACAGGCUAUUAUGGGUGUGAGAGGUGCACUCAAAAAGGCCAGUACAUUAAUGGGAAGGUGGCCUAUCCUGUAACAUCAGCAGAGCUUAGGACAGAUGAGCAAUUUGGGAGGCAAGGCUAUCAGCACCACCAACUGUCAACCUCCCCACUAAAUGAGUUGGGUAUAGGUCUAGUGACCAGUUUUGUGUUAGAUUAUAUGCACCUUGUGUGUUUGGGGGCAAUGCGCAAGUUAAUAUUUCUUUGGCUAAAGGGGCCACUAAAAUGCAGGCAAUCUAUGAAGUUUUUUGUUGUAAUGUCAGCAUUUAUGGUUUCUAUCAGGCAAUAUUUACCUAGCAAUUUUGCAAGGAAACCACGAUCCUUGUUCGAAUUCAGCACAUGGAAAGCUACAGAGCUGCGUCAAUUUUUACUUUACACUGGUCCUGUUGUUCUCCUCAAUAAUAUACCCACUAUAAUGUACAGAAACUUUUUACUUCUAUCGGUAUCUAUGAGAAUUCUCCUGAGUCCUGCCUUAUGUUCUUCUUCUGACAAUUGUGACUAUGCUGAGGAGAUUUUGAAACUCUUUGUAACAGACUUUGCUGCAAUUUAUGGCAAUGAAUUUGUCAGCUAUAACAUACAUUCCUUGAUCCACCUAGCUCAAGAUGCACGUAAAUUCGGCCCGUUGGAUAGUGUUUCAGCUUUUCCCUUUGAGACAUUUUUAGGUAAACUGAAAAAACUUGUCCGUCGGCCUCAAAACCCUGUCCAACAACUCGUCAGGCGAAUCCAUGAGAAGCAGAAAGUGGCAAGCCAAAAGACCACAUCAGUUUUCAGCCCACUCAAACAGCUCCACUUUUCUGGACCAAUGAUUAAUUCAGUUGCAACAUGGGAACAAUACAGGCGUUACAAUGAUGGACAGACACUGAUCUCCUCCUCUCGUGGCGAUGACUGUUUUUCUGUAGGGAGAAGGAUUCUUAUUGUGCGGAACAUUUUGUCACAUUCUGGAACUGUUAAAGUCCUGUGUAAUUUCUUUGAAACUGCCAAAUCCUUUUUCACCUAUCCAAUGGACUCAUCGCGUCUUGGAAUUCUUUUUGUUUGUAAUUUAUCUGAAGACUUGCAGCUGUUACCUGUGGAGGAGUUAAAAACAAAAAUGGUGUUAUUACCACACAAGACUGGAUACGUGGCACUUCCACUCCUGCACUAAAGUGCUAAUUAUUUGUUUCAUUUGUUUAAAUUUUUUUGUAUGUAUUUGUUUUUCUUUAAGCAUGUUACCUUUCGGGAUAGUUGAAUUUAUAAAUGGUGGGGGAUUGGCAGUUAUACCAACCAAAUGGUUUGUCGGGCCUGAGGAGGAUGAAUGCUACUGGCCACCAACAAGGAUGAACAUGGCAAAGGCGGUCAUGGAGCAACAGGACCCUCACACUGACUGGGCGACAUACAAGUUGACUGUCAAGAGAAAAGUUGCUACGUAUGAAAUUGCCCGCAGAAAAUUAGUGGAGUAUGAGCAAAACACUGAUGUACCAACCGAGUCUGAUUCUACAGUGAAGACUGGAAGGGGGAAGCGCAAAAAGAGGCGAGUGAUUUUGUCUAGUGAGGAUGAGGAUGAUGACAAUUGGUCCGGCAGCCAAAUCAGGCCUACACCUCCAUCCACCCUCAGAUCUGUGCUGACACCUCCACUGCCUCCAUCCACACUCGGAUCUUCACCUCCACUGCCUCCAACCAGAUCUUCACCUCCACUGCCUCCAACCAGAUCUUCACCUCCACUGCCUCCAACCAGAUCUUCACCUCCACUGCCUCCAUCGACACCCCGAUCUUCACUUCCACUGCCUCCAUCUGCUAGGCCGACACCUCCACCACCUCCGGGUACCCUUAGAUGGCCAGUGUUUCAACCCAUUACCAUGUCACCAGAAACCCCUCAAAGACAAAUCAGGGACAACAUGUUUGUUCGCAUCUUAACACUGCUUGAGGAGAUGAAAGAGACACAAAAAAUCCAGGGGAGGAUACUACAAACGCUGCUACAACAGCGUGGCAACAUUAGCACCACCGUCUCUUCUAUCCCAGAGGGUUUCCCCCUAAAGACAGUUAGGGAUGUGGAAAUCGUGGAAGAAAAACUGGCAAACCCGAACUUCAUGUCCGAACUGGUUGCAGCUGUGACUGACAUAGGGGGGGCGACUGUUGACGAGGCCACAAAAAGGAUGAUGACCUUCCUCCUAGACCAUGGCCUAUCCAGGCAGUAUAACUUUGUGGGCCGAAAUGGGAAGAGAGAGUUCAAGGCCUUAAAACUGUAUGAAGUAAUAUAUGGAGGCUUAAAGAAAAACGCCAUGACCAGCCAAAUCACCCGUAAAGAUGCAGAGAAGGCGGUCUCCAAGUGGCUCAUCGGUGCUAGAGACCGGGGGGGUAAUAGACAGGCCCGACAAGCAACCCCUCAACAAAGACUUCAGGCUUGAGAGUGAGGGAACACUGUGCAAAAGCAUGUUAAUUUUACUUAAAUAAAAAUGAAAUUUUA